AGAGCCGGGGCAGCAGCCGGGGUGCUGGGAAGUACCAAGCACAACAGGCGGGAUGGCAGCCUGCCUGCACCAGGGCUGGCUGCCUGCUCUGCUCACUGCUGUCCUGCUGAGCCAGCACAGCCCUGCCGUGGACCCUGAGCCAGUGACAUCCCAAGAUGCCGUGUUGCUGGCAGAGGUGCCCGAGGACAUCCUCUGCUUCUCCCGCUCCUUUGAGGAUCUCACGUGUUUCUGGGAUGAGGAGGAGGCGAGUGGGAUACACCGCUUCUACUACUGGUACAGCAGGGAUGCACCCACCAUAUGUGCAGUCUCCACACAGCGCCGUGGGGCCAAUGGGAUGCGGCACAUCUGCGUGUUCCCCAGCCAAGAUGUGCGGCUCUUCACCCAGCUCCACGUUCUUGUCCUGGACGCUGCCACCAACCGCACCAGGCACAGGCGGGAGCUCAGCGUGGAUGCAGUGGGUCUCAUCGCCCCACCGGUGAACAUCAGUGCCCACUGGGCAGGAGCCACAGGGCAGCUCCGUGUGUCGUGGCAGCCGCCACUUGCUGACUACCCCAGCUUCUUUCUCUAUGAGGUGUGCUACCAUCCCAUGACCCCCACAGUGACACCCCGUGGCACGGCACCCGGGGACCUCCCUGCCCAUCCCACCAACGGAGCCCACCCACCUACAGCCAGGGGAGCUGCAUCCUCCCAGGGAACAGGGCAAGGGCUGGUACAGGCCGACACAUGGGUGAUUCUCCGGGAGCUGCAGCCAGGGGUGAAGUACCACAUCCAGGUGCGCAGCAAGCCUGACGGCACCUCAAUGGAUGGUGUCUGGGGGCCCUGGUCGGAGGUGGUGGUCGCAGAGACGCCCCACUCUUCUGGGGACAUUGGGCUGCACUGCAGCACUCCCGACCUGAGGUGUGUGCGCUGUGUGUGGAGCUGGGACCCUGCAGAGCAACACAGCACCCAUGAGCUCUUCUACCGGGCAUCUCCGAGCGGGGCUGGCAUGAGGGAUGAAAUGUGGCAGCAGUGUGAAGAGGCCAGCGUGGGAACACAGGGCAGACACACCUGCACCUUCCAGCCCACGGCCGGCAGCCCCAUUGCCGUCCUGGUGAACAUCACCCGGCUGCACGACCCACCCGUGCUCAGCUACUUCAAGGAGCCCUUCUGGCUGCACCAGGCCGUGCUCACGGAGGCCCCGCGGGACGUGCAGGUGACGGCGGCACAGGGCCGGCUCACCUUGCGGUGGCUGCCGCCCCUGGAAGCGCUGGCGGAGCAACUGGAGUACCAGAUUCGCUACGCCACGGACGACAGCCUCGACUGGAAGGUGAUGCAGGGGUCGGCACGGGGCAGCCGCAGGCCCCGCACAGCCCCAACUCAGCUCUGCCCGCAGGUGCUGCAGGUCCCGCGGGCGGCCAGGAAAGAAGUGCUGGACCUCCGGCCCGGUGCCCGUUAUCGUGCCCAGGUGCGGACGCAGCCCGGUGGGCCGCAGUACCGGGGCAGCUGGAGCGCGUGGUCCCAGCCCGUCGCGGUCGAUGUCGCGGCAGAAGCGGGUAAGGGCCAUGCGGGGCUGAGGGCGCCUGGGUGGGACGAGGAGAAUCGACCGGCUCUGCGGAAUCGCCCCUCCGUGGCAGGCUGGGUGAUCCCGAGCGUGACGGUGGCACCGCUGAUCUUCACCGGAGUGCUGCUGGGGCUGCGGUGCACCUUCCCGUCCCUGUACAGCAGCGUGAAGCAGAAGCUGUGGCCGCCCGUCCCCGACCUGCACCGCGCGCUGGGCACCUUCCUGCACGACAGCCCCAAGCAGGGCCAGCCCUGCGCCUUCUACAAGCAGCCGCCGGAGGACGCCGUGCUGCCCUGCCUGCUGGAGGUGCUGCCCGGACCCCGCGGCGAGCCCGGGGAUCCUCCGCCAGAACCCGCUGCCAGCCGCCCGGCGCCCAGCACGGACAUCGCCAACCACUCCUACCUGCUGAUGGGCGGCUGGGAGCCGCGUGGAGCGCCCUCGGCCCCUUUUCCCCCUGGGAUGUAAAAUAUAGACCAUAAAAUACAGACCAA